AAAAAAAAAAAAAGAUUCUGGUUCCUUCUAGGGGUAAAAGAAAAUGCUUCUUUUGUCUUUGUUUCUCACUGAAAUAGUACUGUUCUCGGAUUAUGAGCAGUUGUAGGAUAGGAUCUUUUUAUUUUUUUUGGGGGUGGGGUUUGAGAUCUAUUAUGAUUACAAAUUCGGUGUGAUCGGUCCAUCAUCAAAAGAUAUUGUUUCUGGGUUUUUGAUGGUGGCUGUAUCCGAGUACUUGGGGAUUGAAAGCGCUAGAAGGAGGAGAAAAUGAGCUGUUUCCAAUGUUGCAUGUCCGAAAGAAGACUCGCCCGAAAAUCAUUGAAGAAGAGCAUUCAAGAAUACCACGACACAAAGACUUUAGCCUCAUUCGCCAACAUUUCCUUCAAAUCAGAUAGCAGCAGGCGCAGAUACAUCACCGAAGAAAUAAAAAAAAUCGGAAAAGGGAAUAUCGCAGCUCAGAUAUUUACAUUCAGGGAGCUGUGUGUUGCAACAAAGAAUUUCAACCCCGAUUCUCUAAUCGGCGAAGGCGGUUUCGGGAGAGUGUACAAAGGACAUAUAGAGAGCAAAAAUCAAGUGGUUGCCGUUAAGCAACUCGACCGGAAUGGGUUUCAAGGGAAUAGGGAGUUCCUUGUGGAGGUCUUGAUGUUGAGUCUGCUACACCAUCCUAACCUUGUCAAUUUGGUUGGAUAUUGUGCUGACGGAGAUCAGAGGGUUCUUGUAUAUGAGUACAUGCCUAAUGGUUCUCUAGAGGACCACCUUCUCGAACUGCCUCCGGGGAAGGCACCCUUGGAUUGGAACACCAGGAUGAAAAUCGCUUCAGGAGCCGCAAAAGGGCUCGAGUACUUGCAUGAGCAGGCCAAUCCCCCCGUGAUAUACCGUGAUUUCAAGGCAUCCAACAUACUACUAGACGAGGAAUUCAACCCAAAGCUCUCCGAUUUUGGGCUCGCGAAGCUAGGUCCCACAGGGGACAAGAGCCAUGUGUCGACACGGGUCAUGGGCACUUACGGUUACUGCGCACCUGAAUAUGCGCUGACGGGCCAAUUGACAACAAAGUCCGAUGUGUACAGCUUUGGGGUUGUUUUCCUGGAGAUCAUCACAGGAAGGAGAGUAAUUGACAAUACAAGGCCAACUGAAGAGCAGAACUUAGUUGCUUGGGCACAACCUCUAUUCAAGGACAGAAGGAAGUUCACAUUAAUGGCUGACCCGUUGCUUGAAGGGGCCUAUCCGAUAAAGGGUCUUUACCAGGCUCUUGCGGUCGCAGCUAUGUGCCUUCAGGAGGAGGCGAGCACUCGGCCUCUGAUCAGCGACGUUGUGACGGCUCUCGAGUAUUUGGCAAACAGGAACAAGCAAGAGGAAAGUGUCGCCGAAGAGAACGGUGCCAAAUGUGGUUUUCCUGGUGCAGGAACAGACGGAGCAGAAAUUGAGAGCGUUAGUUAGAGGUGAUGAUGAGGGAAAAUGCCUCUGGGGAGUCUGAAAAGAGAAGAAAGGAAAUCGAAUGGUUCGACUCAAACUCGUGUAAAACCUUCCAUAACCAUGCGAAUGUCAUCUCCUCUGAUAUCUUGUUCUGUUUUCUUGUCUCAAAA